AUGACGGAUGCAGCGCAUGACUGGGCCGCAUCAGGCAUCCUGCGAGCGGAGCUGGCGCCGCUGCUGCGGGCGAUACAGCAGCACCGCGUGUUCGAUGACCCGAAGAAUGCAGUAGACAUUGUGCUGCGGUCCCCACCCGCCGGCGUCGCGGCGGCUGCUGAGCAGCUGCUGGCCGGCGAGCCUAGCGCCGAGCAGCUGAGGGCCUUUAUCGAGGAGCACUUUGCCCCUGCCGGCAGCGACCUACUGCCUUACCAGCCGGCCGACUGGGUACCCCACCCCCCUGGCUUCCUCGCCAACCUCAAGGCCCCGACUGGCGCAGUCAGCGGCGCGCCCGCGGGGAGUGCUGUUGCGCCCGCGGCAGGCGCGUUGGGCGGCGCAGCGGAGGGCGGAGGGGCCGGGGAUGGCGGUGAGGGCGCGUGGCUUGACCCAGGCGGGGAUGAGGAAGAGGGCUUUGCGAGCAGCGAGGAGCUGCGGGCCUUUGGGCUGCAGGUGCACGGCCUGUGGAAGCUGCUCAGCCGCAAGGCCACUCCCCCGCUGGGCGCCGGCCCCCUGCCCAGCACGCUGCUGCCGCUGCCGCACCCGACGGUGGUCCCCGGUGACCGCUUCAGGGAGACCUACUAUUGGGACUCCUUGUGGGUACUCCACGGCCUGCUGGCGAGCGGAAUGGGCGCCACCGCGGCGGGGCUCGUGCGCAACCUAAUGCACAUGCUGGGCGCGGUGGGCCACGUGCCCAACGGCGGCCGAGGGUACUACCUGAACCGCAGCCAGCCGCCGCUGCUGAGCGCCAUGGUGCGGCUCGUGGCUGAGGCCACUGGCGACGCCAGCCUCGUCAGGGACGCGCUACCCCUGCUGAUGCGGGAGCACGCCUACUGGACGUCCGGCCGCAAGGCGCUGCGCGUGCGGGGUGCGGACGGGCGAGUGCACAACCUCAGCAGGUAUUGGGCAGACUGGUUUGAGCCCCGGCCAGAGUCACAUGCAAAAGACACGGCGACGGCCAGAAAGGCGGCGCAGGCGGCGGCUGCAGCGCAAGAGGCGCCGGGCGGCCCAGCAGCGCCAACACCAUCUGCAGCGGCGGCAGCAGCAGCGGCGGCGGCUGGUGAGGCAGCCGCAGAGGAGGGCGGCGGUGGCGAGGAGCCUGGGAUGGUGCCGGGCGGCGGCUUCCUCGAUGCCCGCGUAGCGCGGCGGGUGUGGCACGAGCUGGCGACUGCUGCCGAGAGCGGCUGGGACUUCUCCUCUCGCUGGUUUGAGGACGGCGCUACCAUGGCCACGAUUAGGACGUCCCAGAUCAUCCCUGCCGACCUGAACGCAUUUUUGUUCCAAAUGGAGCGAAACGUCCAGUGGGCAGCUGCAGCCGCGGGGGACGACGACGCCGCCGGCCGCUUCGACGCCCUCGCGGCCGCGCGGCGAGACGCGAUGGCGGCUGUCCUGUGGGAUGACGCCGCGGGGUGCUGGCGGGACGGCGUACUGGUCCAGCCGGCCCCGCCAUCGGGCGAGAAUGCCGUUGGCGGCGGCCCCGCCGAGGGCGGAGCGGCGGGCGGCAGCGGCGGCAGGCCCGAAUGCGGCGUGUGUGGCGUGCGGCUGAGCAGCGGGGUGUAUGCGUCAAAUUAUGUGCCGCUGUGGGCGGGGCUGGCGGAGGGCGACGAGGAGCUGGGGGCCAGGGUGGUCGCGUCGCUGGAGGCCUCAGGGUUGGUUCAGCCGGGAGGCAUCUCCACUUCCCUCUACGCCACCGGGCAGCAGUGGGACGCCCCAAACGGGUGGCCGCCGCUGCAGCACAUGCUGGUGGAGGGCGCGCGCGCCUCCGGCGGCCCCGCGGGCCGCCGGCUGGCGCGGCGGGUCGCACGGGCGUGGGUCAGGUCAAACUAUGCGGCCUGGAAGGCGACCGGCCACAUGCACGAAAAGUACGACAUCCGCAGCGCCGGCGGCGGCGUGGGGGGUGGCGGCGAGUAUGCGCCGCAGGUCGGGUUUGGCUGGAGCAACGGGGUGCUGCUGCGUUUCCUCAGCAACUACUUCUGA